AGUCACUCCCAGGUGAUUUCAGAUGACAGGAUGAAAUUUUACAGGAGAAUUCCAUGUUCAAGAAAUUUUCUAAAUGUUCUCAUUUCACUUGUCAUUGUUACUGGCUCCUUGAUAGUUGCAGCAGGUGUAGCAUUCCUUCUCCUUGAGGCUAUUCAUCAUUUGAGAAGUGGUCAAGUUACAGACCUCAACUCGCAGCUUCAAAGUCCAAGCCAAUGGGAGUCUAUUGUAGUGCAGAGCAAGGGCAUUGCGCCCACACCCUCCGUCCAUUCCUGUCACCACCACUCCUGCUUUGAUGUGUAUCGCUGUGGCUGCACUCAUCACUCUCACAUUACUGUGUAUGUUUACCCACUUGCGCAUUUCAUUGAUGAGGAUGGAGUUGAGAUCAAUCCAAUUUCGAAGGAGUUUUUGGAGAUCGUCGAGGCCGUGGCCAACUCCCGCUACUACGUGAGCGACCCCAAGGAUGCCUGCAUUUUCUUCCCUACCAUUGACCUGCUCAAUGAGAACAACCUCAGGAAGGACAUGAUUGGCAGGGCUCUUGCUGGUCUCAAAUACUGGAAUGAAGGAACCAACCACCUUCUUUUCAAUUUCCUGCCGGGGACUGCACCUCAUUUCACCCCUCGUUUGGGAGUAGAGCGAGGCAAGGCCAUAGUGGCUGGAGCUGGUUUUUCUUCUCACACUUUCAGAAGGAACUUUGAUAUCUCCUUGCCUGUGUUCAACCCGGCCUACAACAACCAGCCUGUCACCAACAACUCUAUAGACCAGCGUCCAUGGUAUCUGGUUUCUUCACAAGUGAAUCUACACCGCGAUUACUAUGAAGAGUUGCUUGCCCAGACCCCUGGCAACCCUAUGCAGCGGCAGCUGCUGCUGCUGCACAUCUGCUCUGACACGGUGCUGCAGCGAAUUCAGCGGCAGCACCAAACUUCAUCCCGCAGUGGCGCUCAAGAUGAAAAGCCUUUUAGCAAACUGCAGUACCGAUGCAGAGGCGAGCAAGUCUUCCCUUAUCCUCAAAUCCUUGAGGAGUCACAGCUUUGCUUGGUGUCGCGUGGAGGUCGUCUGGGCCAGGCAGUUCUUUACGACGCUCUGCGGGCAGGCUGUGUGCCUGUAAUUGUGGCUGACACUUUGGUUCUUCCUCUCAGUCAGGUGUUGGAUUGGCGGGUGGCAAGCGUUCAAGUCUACGAGGACGACCUGCCUGAGCUGCUGCUGAUGCUGCAGCGCGACCUCAGCAGUGACAGGCUGGCGCAGUUACAGCAACAGGUACAGUGGCUGUACGCACAGUACUUCUCAAGCGUAGGGACGCUGGCAUUGACCACCCUGGAUCUGCUCAACGAGCGCGUGUUCCCUAUGCAGCGCAGGCGCCGUGCCCUCUGGAACAGAAACCCUGCCACGGCUGGGGCUGACAACCCCCUCUUCCUGCCCCUCACCGCCCCCCCACACGAGGGCUUUACUGCUGUCAUCCUCACCUACGACAGGCUCGACUCCCUCCAACAGAUGAUCCAGACGUUGUCUCGAGUGCCGUCUUGCAAGAAGGCUCUCGUCGUGUGGAACAACCAGCAAAAGUCGCCACCAGCAUCGCUGUCCUUGGAUAAUUUGGUUGUGGCUGUUGUGCGGCCACCAGAGAAUCGCCUGAGCAAUCGCUUCUUCCCUUACAACGAGAUCACCACUCAGGCCAUCCUCUCCCUCGACGACGACAUCAACAUGAUGACUCCCGAUGAACUCGAAUUCGGAUACCAGGUGUGGCGCGAGUUUCCCGACCGUCUCGUUGGUUUCCCGUCACGCAACGUCCUCUGGAGUAACGCUAGUCGCUCCUGGAAGUACGACUCAGAGUGGACCAAUGAGGUGUCGAUGGUGCUGACAGGCGCUGCGUUCUACCACAAGUAUUGGAGUCACGUGUACACCACGGAGCUGCUGCCCAGCGUCAGGGACUGGGUGGACCAGCACAUGAACUGUGAAGACAUCGCGCUCAACUUCGUCAUCGCCAACCGCACCGGCAAGGCGCCCAUCAAGCAGAUGACGUGCUCUGACAUCUCUGACUUGCUUAACAAUCUGACCUACUCUGACAUCUCUGACUUGCUUAACACUGACGUGCUCUGA